UCUUUGAAUCGAUAGUUCUAAGGUACAGUGUUGGUUUAUUUACAAAAUCAAGUUUCUUAAAAUGGAAAUUACUGCUAAAGUGGUCAUUCUGGGACCGUCAGGUGUAGGAAAAACCAGCAUUCCACUUCGUUAUAUUCAUAAAUUUUUCUCCGGCGAUAUCUCAAUGACCGUGGGCACUUCUCUCUUACAGUGUCAACUUGUUGCAAAUAACAUCACUGUCAAUUUACAGAUAUGGGAUACUGCUGGUCAAGAACGCUUUAAAUGUCUGGUCCCUAUGUUUUACCGGAAUGCAAACGCCGCUCUAUUCGUUUUUGACAUUACCUCACUGGAGAGUUUUCAAAGUAUGCAGGGAUGGGUUAAUGAAUUAAAAUCCAAUCUUAAAAAUUCGGUGGUCACAUGUGUGAUAGGAAACAAACUUGAUUUAUCAAAAAAUAGAGAAGUCCCUACGGAUGUAGCCAGACAAUAUGCCAAAAGUAUCAAUGCAAGGUACUUCGAAUGUUCAGCUAAGCGAGAUCAGGGAGUUGGAGCAAUUUUCGAUUACGUAGGGCAUGGUUUGGUAGAACUAUUAGAGAACACAACUGAUCAUGAGUCAGGAAAUACUACGAAAAUAGCAUAUAGCAAUAGUCGCAAUAGAACAAGAAAUGACAGAGAUAAGACUAUUAAUACAAAAUGUCGUUGCUGAUUUUUAUUUUAACGUAUUGAUUUAUGUUGUUA